AUGAGGACAUGGAGUCUCCAGGUUUCAAAGCAUUCCGUAAGCCCAUACCCGCCGGUUACGCAUUUGGCGAGAUUUGCGUGGGUUGAUAGCGUGGCCGAAACGGCGAUCUUGUGCCGUUGUUUGUUUGUUCCAGCUGAGGAAGGGCGGACUAGCAGACCACCAAUGCAUCGAAAUGGUUUUGCUCUUGGGCUCUUUGAGGGGGAUGAGACAUUUCAUGGAGGGAAGCUGGUUCACGGGUGGCACAUGCCUACAGUCGCGAACAAAGACUGGAUUUCAAGUGCCGUGCGUAGAGGUAGGUUUGGUUUUCCUGAUGCGACCGCGCGUAGAGGUUUACAUGCAAAGUUGGCCCGGAUGAGACGGCUUUGA